CUCUCGUGCUCCUCUCCGGUCACUUUUUUUCAUACAUUUGUGCAUUUGUGUUUGGAUGCACCUUCCUGGCACCUUGUCCCAUCCUCUCCUCUUGCUCAGUCUCCCUUCCCCCUCCUCUUGCUCAGUCUCCCUUCCUCCUCCUCUUGUGCUUGUCCGACAGAACUUGAGAGAAUGGAGAGAAGAGAAGAAUAGUAGUGGAUCAAUCCUAUGAGUGAGCCGUAGCACCGAGAGCCUGCCCCAUGCUACUCCUCCUUCUCAUAUCAUGCUCCAUUUGUUAUUGAAUUUUUUUCGCCCAACAGCCCCAGAAGGAUGCCAGAAGAGCAGGACACAGAAUCAGUCUGAGGAUCUUUGUAUUUUAAAAUGCCAGCGCAUUAACCCUUUUUUCUCUUCCUACUUUCCUUAUGGUUUUCCUAAAAGCAAAGAGAAUGAAUCGCGUUCAACUGACUGAUUCGUCAUAUCUCGCAACAGCAACACGACUACUACGAAUCAACAGCACAGCAGCAACAGCAACAGCAACAGGAACCAAGACCAAGAAUAGUACUGCUGCAACCAUUACACCAAUAUCGACAACAACAACAGCGAUGACACUGCCUGAUACACUAGAUUGUGCAAUAUGCUUGGAUAACAUCCGGCCCAAAUAUCAUGCCAAGGCCAUCCUCGCCUGUAGACAUGAGUUUCAUCUCUCGUGCAUCUCAGUGGCGUUCAGUAUGGGGAACAAGGAGAUGAUCUGUCCGCUAUGCCGCUUUCUGCACAAGGAUCAGCCCUUCAUGGGCUCCGACGCCGAGAAUAUCAACCCACCGCGACCACAGGCCGCGGCAGUAUCGACAUCAACAACAGUCAGCAGUGCAGCCUCGCCCAGAGCACCAACAGCAACAGCAGCAACGUUUAAUAACCCGAGUAACCAUGCCAAUGGCAAUGUCAGGAAUCGACACCGCACCAACAGCAUUCAUCUGCAGCACAAUCUGUCGAACCUGGUUCAGCACCAGCAGCGCAGGCGGCAGUCCAUGUACGAUAUCCGACGGUCGUCUAUCUCAUCUUCGACUCCGCUAUCUUCGCCAACAAGCUCGUUAUAUCCGUCCACGCCCCUGUCGUCGUCGUCGUCGGCCCUAUUGACUCCAUCCCUAUCGACAGUGCCAUCCGCUGUAUCGACCGCAAGUCCAGCUAUAACUACAGUCACUGCGGCAUCAACGCGACCGGAGCAGCAAUCGCAACCAUCGCAGCAACAACAAGUGACACCAGCAAAACUGACUAAAGUUAAUGCGCCCAUGUGGUCUCUGCUCUAUGCGCUCCUCUUUGCGGUUGCGAGCCACUUCUUGUCUGUGAUCUCGGAUACUGCAGAAACCCUGUGGUCGAAGCUCUUGUGCUUCAUCGGCAUCAUCAUCUGUUUUUAUAUGGCCGUAUGGGUACUGACGCCGAUAUUCCAGCAAUAUCAACAGCGGCAGCAGGCUCAUGUGGAGCGAGUGUCUUAUCAACAGGGAGAUAAUUUGCAUGAUGGUUCUGGAGGUGGUGAUACCCACAGCAGCAGCAACAACAACGCGAACAGCAACGGCGGCGAUCAAGGAAGCUAUUACAACACCAAUGGUCAUGGAGUGAGCGGGAUGGCCAUGGAGUAUGAAUUCGAUGUCCAGGAUUCGUUCACGCCGAGGUAUGCGCCUACUAGUUAUACGUACAAUGGUCUCCAGGGAAACACGCAUCCGGCUGAGGCGUAUCUUUUGAGAACGAGGCGCACUUCGACUUUUAGUGAUCAGCAGCAACAGCAGCAGCAACAGCAACGCCAGACGAAUUUGUCGUCGUCUUCUUCGGUAUCCCCCUUAUCGCCAUCUUCAGCGUCGUCCAGGCUCGUGCUGUCAUGGUUCUCUCCUGGGGUUUGUUCCUUGGGCCAGUGGGUAGUGUCGAACCGAUUUACGAAGGAUGCGCUUAGUCGGGUGAAGGAUCUUGUAGAGCUCAUGGAUGACUUUUUCGAACACCGCAUCGAUUGAACAGAACAUGUAGCGGCGACAUUAUUACCUUUUUUUUUUUUUUAAUGACCACUUUAUCGUCGUCCACUGUACUAUUAUGAAUCUUAUGAAGAAAAAAAA